AUGGACAUAACUCCAAGGAGUAUCAAAAACUCUACCAGCUUCUUUUGGAUUUUGCCCCACACUGUUCAGCCCAGAGCAUCGCUGAUUGCCACUGAGAUCGAUUCCCCCUCGUCGAAACUACAACCACCCGGACCGGAUGCAAACAUCAACGACAUGAUCGACUGGUCGAAGCACCCGUGCAGGCGCGACUGCGUUCCCGGGUUACACCUCACGUGUCGCUACGGUUUCACCAUCGAGAACUACGUCACGAUGAACAGGGCCUGCUACGACUGUCCUUACAAUAAAACCGACUGCUUCAGACCCCAUUGCAUACCAGGCGACGGCGAGGUUAAGAUCAUCAUUUUGGCCAACCGGCUGCUACCCGGUCCCAUGAUCGAGGUUUGCCAGGGCGAUAGGAUAAUCGUGGACGUGGAGAAUGGACUGUCGUCGCAAACAACGUCCAUACACUGGCACGGGGUUACUCAAAGGGGUACCCCGUUUAUGGAUGGGGUGCCGUUCAUCAGCCAGUGUCCGAUCCUACCGGGGCGUACUUUCCGCUAUGACUUUCGAGUCCCCGACGCCGGGACCUUCAUUUGGCACUCGCACAGUGGUGACCAGAGAGCCGACGGCUUACUUGGUGGGUUCGUGGUCCGUGAGCCCAGAUCGAUGGACAAAAUGAGUAGGCUGUACGACGUUGACGAGCACGUGGUCGUCAUCAACGACUGGGCACGUGGUUCUGGGCUCGCUUCCUACAUCCUCGAGUACCAGAACAACAUCGUUGCCGCUCCCCACGCCAUUCUCGUCAAUGGUUUUGGGCGCUUUAAUGGCUCUGACAAGUCAAAACUGCUGCCACGAGCCGUUUUCGAAGUCGAACAGGGAAAACGGUAUAGAUUUCGUCUGGCAAACCUGGGUUCCCUCAACUGCCCGGUUCUUUUGUCAAUCGACCGACACCCGAUGUUGGUGAUUAGUACUGACGGUUCGAACAUCCAGCCGGUCGAAGUCGACACGAUUCGCUCGCUGCCCGGCGAAAGGUACGACUUCGUGAUAGAAGCAAACCAAGAAAUUGACAACUACGCGAUGUUCUUCCUUGGUACCGUCGAGUGCCUGAAAUAUCAAACUUACCAAGUCGCCAUCUUGCAUUACAAGGGUGCCCCAGAUCACGAAUUAACGAAUGAACCCACACCAGGUGCAACAUUAAGCGCUGAAUCGUCUGGUAUCAGCAACAAUCGAGAGUUGAACCCGUUCGACAUGGGCACGGAAACACCUGGAGCCUACAGCGUUGCGACCCUUUAUUCCGCAGAGCCUGACGACGAUUCAGUCCUGCGAGACCCGGACUACAAGUUCUACAUCACGUACGAUCUCUACGAAAUCGACAACUUGUAUCACCACCGCACGGAUCUUUACGGUUACUACCAAGUAAGAAAAGAACACCGCAAGCGAACCUUUCAGCUGAACCACAUCACCCUAAAGAUACCGAGUCACCCGCUGCAAACUCAAUACGACCGAGUAACCCAGUCCGAUGACAAGUCAUCGGCAUUUUGUAACUCUAGCACUGUGAGUGACGACUGCCACUUCAAGUUUUGCGAGUGUAUUCACGUGCUCCAAGUGAAACUGGGCUCCGUUGUCGAGGUCGUGAUAAUCGACGAGGGGGUGCUGAACAUAACCCAUCCGAUGCAUCUGCACGGGUCGCAUUUUCGGGUGGUGGCGAUGGAGAAGAUGGGGGAUACUGUCACGUUGGAGCAGGUCAAGGAACGGGACCGUGCCGGUACGAUCCAGAGAAAACUAAGCGGGGCUCCUUGCAAGGACACCGUCGGCAUUCCCAGCGGCGGGUAUACCAUCGUUAGGUUUUUGGCGAACAAUCCUGGUUAUUGGUUCUUCCAUUGCCACUACGAGACGCACCAAAGCAGUGGUAUGGCCCUGAUUUUCAAAAUAGGCGAGCACGAGGAUUUUCCAAAAGUGCCCAAGAAUUUUCCUCGGUGCUGA